AUGAUUUGCCGUACAGCCUGUAUAUUUGUAUUUGUAUUCUAUUUUGUAUCAGCAUUCAUUGAUGAAAAUAUUAAAACAGAUAUAUCCUUUGUUUUAUACCGGGGUCAAACGAAAAUCACAGCAACACCUUUAACUGAUCGUACUAACUUUGUUGAUAAUACAACAAUUAAUGAGAUUUAUACAGUAAAGGUAGUUUUAAAUGGUAUUGAACAAACAUAUUCCGAAUCAGCCAAUGCUUGGGCACAACAAUAUCUUACCAUACCUUUACAAAUUCCAGCUGGCGGAACAACUCCUGAUGGUGUUUCAUAUACAUACAGUGCUAAUGGUUGUAGUGUAGGUGACCUCGACGGAGACGGACAAUAUGAAAUUGUACUCAAAUGGGAUCCAUCAAAUUCUCGUGAUAAUGCACAAGCAGGAUAUACGGAUAGUGAUGGAAAAGCUGAAAUAGCCUGUAAAACUGCUGAUGGAACUAGAGAUAGUACAAAUGUUAUUAUUGGUAAUUCAGAUGCAGAUUAUAGGAAUUCACGAGGUUAUAUACUUACUGGUCCUGAAUAUUUAACGAUAUUUAAUGGACAAACGGGUAAGGCGAUGGCAACAGUUGAUUUUAUACCUGAUCGUGGUAAUGUAAGUGCAUGA